GUUCGCUUCGGAUCUCUUCGAAAGUUCGCUACAUCCAUCGUACGACAUGUCUGGACGCGGUAAAGGCGGUAAAGCAAAGGGAAAGGCAAAGUCCCGAUCGAAUCGCGCUGGUCUGCAGUUUCCUGUUGGACGUAUUCACCGGCUUCUGCGAAAAGGAAAUUACGCCGAGCGCGUUGGUGCCGGUGCUCCGGUUUAUCUGGCCGCGGUAAUGGAAUAUCUAGCCGCGGAAGUGUUGGAGUUGGCGGGCAAUGCUGCGCGUGACAACAAGAAAACCAGAAUUAUUCCGAGACACUUGCAACUUGCCAUCCGCAAUGACGAGGAAUUGAACAAACUGCUUUCCGGAGUGACCAUAGCUCAAGGUGGUGUGCUGCCUAAUAUUCAGGCGGUCCUAUUGCCGAAGAAGACCGAGAAGAAAGCUUAACUACCAGUCAAAUCAGUUACAAAAAACGGCCC